GUCUUUUAUUUCCACAUGGAUCAGUAUGAACCGGGUAGAAGUGUAGAACGUUGAAUUGUUGAAAUACUUUUCAAAUAUAUUGGAUGCAAACUUGAAACUUCCUAGCAAAUGACUGAUUUGUAAGGUCUAUAUGCAAAUGGCACCACAAAAUAAGAAAAAGAGUUCUUCAGCUCCCAAAAGGAAAAGAGAUUUCUGUUCAGAUCAAUCGGAUGACGAUUUUGAAAAGACCUUAGUGCCCAAAAGAUGUAGCAAAUCUGUUUUACCGAAACCUGAAGCUAAAAUAAGGGAGUCGGCUAAAAUAAAAAAACAAACAAAAUCAGAUAUUGCAAGUUGUUCAGUUGGUGAUUUGGAAACCGCAAUUAAUGUAAAACCUCUCUCCAGAAAAAAUUUCUUGUCAUACAUUACAAAAAGACAAACUGGCCAACCAAUUUCAAGAUGCUUUGAAAAGACCCUGAAGUUUCAUGUUAUGCAAAGUGUGCAACAUUUGAAAGUUUUUAAGACUGCAUCUCCUUUUGACCGUAGAAUUACUUCCUUAGUAUGGCACCCAAAGUCACUCACCACUCUUGCAGUUGGUUCCAAAGGAGGAGAUAUCAUUCUGUGGAAUCAUCAGCAUGAAUCUCAUGAUGUCUUCAUACAAGGAUUAGGGGCAGGGGGAUCAAUACAAGCAAUGAAAUUUGAUUAUAAUGAAGAUAAUCACCUCUACACCUGCUCAAUUGAUGGAACAUUCUGUAGGAGGAACUUAAGAAGUAACCAAGUUACUGUUUACUUAAACACCGGAGAAGACUGCUUCAAUAAUUGGUACACCUCUUUUGAUGUAUCCUUCACUGGGGGACUUCUGCUUGCUGGAGAUAAUAAAGGAUAUGUAAAUUUGCUUACCAAAGACGGGACUCCUAUAUGGAAACAACGUUUACAUAAAUCAAAAGUGCACCACAUUGAAUUCCACUCUGGAACGCCUUGGCUAUUUGUCACAUCGUCCGGCGAUAAUUUCGUUCGCUUGUGGGAUGUGAGAAAUAUAAAGAAUACCGAAAGCGCGCUUGUAGAACUUAAGCAUGAAAAGGGAGGCGUAAAUUCUGCGUAUUUUAGCCCAGCACACGGAACAAGGCUCUUGAUUACAGAUCAACACAGCGAACUGAAAAUUUUUUCUGGCCCACUUUGGAAUUUGGAAACAAAAAUUCUCCAUCCUCACCGACAUUUUCAACACAUUUCGCCUAUUAAAGCAGAUUGGCACCCAUUAGAAGACAUUAUUGUAGUUGGACGAUAUCCAGACCCCAAGUUCACGGGCUCACAAGGAAUGGAUACAUUUAAUCCAGGAAGUGAACCCCGCACUGUGGAUUUUUUCGACGCAUCUGACGGGGAGCUGAUUUGCCAGCUUGAGCCAGUUGGACAGAAAGGGAUCAUGUGCUUAAAUCGGUUUGAUCAAUUGGGUAACAUAUUAGCAUCUGCACAUGGGGCGCAUAUUCUUUUAUGGGCACCAAAAUACUCGGAGACAAACAUUCCUUCUACUAGUGAUAUUUGCCAAAGUGUUCAGGCACCAAUGCGUCGUCCUCUUACAAUGGAUAAUGAUAAUGAUUUAAAGAAGAAAAAAAGAAACACUUCAUCUCGAAAACAAAAAUAGUUGAAUAUUACUAAAAAUAAAUAGAGAAGAACCUGCAAUCUUUGUUGUAGGAUACCGCUUCCUUAACUGUUCAAAACUAUUUGUUUCUUUGUUUGUGUUACCUAAAAUUAAAACUGAAAACAAAUCAAAAAUAGGAAUUACCUGAAUAGUUUCUGCGAAGUGCGAAUACAUCGGUUUCAUAAAAA